GGAAGAAAGAAGAUAGAUUGUGAAGACGACAAUGAAAUUGAUUGAGGAAUGAAGAGAAAAAGGUGUGUGUCUCCUACAGCAACGGCGUUGUUCAAGAUCCAAUUCCAAAAUUCCAAUUCCCAAUUCCAAUCACAGUUUUGCAGAGAACUCAAAAACCUGAUUCAAAAUUCAAUACAAUACACUACACUGAUCAAUCAAUCAAUGGCAGUGAGUCAUGAAUAACUGGUUUCAACAAGCUUUCAUUGAUUUGAUUUGAUUGGAUCUCCAUUCUCCAUACCCAUUUGCUUCAAUUUUCUAAUGCUUUCUCUCUCACUCUCCCACGUGCUGCACUCUCUCCUCUUCUUCACUCUCUCCCACUCUUCAAUCAAAACCUAAAUUAAUCUACCACCUUCUCUCUCUAUCAAUUUUCAUUAUUAUAUAAAUCACAGAUAGAACCGUUUUUUCAGUGAAAGCUGCCUCCUUUAAGAUACCCUUUUGAUCAGAGUACAAUAUGGUGUUUUGAUUCUUAAAGGGUCUUGCCUGCAUGCCCAUUUCAGAUUUUCAAGUUUUCAACAACCUUUUACCUUUUCCAUUGAUAAGCAUAACUGGUUGUGUUGUUGUUGUUUGAGUUUUGAGGAUUUGAUCAUGGAUAAGUAUGAGACCGUGAAGGAUUUGGGAGCUGGGAAUUUUGGGGUGGCCAGGCUCAUGAGGAACAAGGAGACUAAGGAGCUUGUUGCCAUGAAAUACAUCGAGCGUGGCCUUAAGAUUGAUGAGAAUGUGGCUAGAGAGAUUAUCAACCACAGGUCCCUUCGGCACCCCAAUAUAAUUCGCUUCAAGGAGGUGGUUUUGACCCCCACACAUUUGGCAAUAGUAAUGGAGUAUGCAGCUGGAGGAGAACUCUUUGAGAGGAUAUGCAAUGCUGGCAGGUUCAGUGAAGAUGAGGCUAGAUAUUUCUUUCAGCAGCUGAUAUCAGGUGUCCAUUACUGUCAUGCCCUGCAAAUAUGCCACCGAGAUUUGAAGCUAGAAAAUACCCUUUUAGAUGGAAGCCCUGCACCCCGCUUGAAAAUUUGUGACUUUGGUUACUCCAAGUCAUCUUUGCUUCAUUCACGACCCAAAUCAACUGUUGGAACUCCAGCGUAUAUAGCACCAGAGGUGCUUUCUAGGAGGGAGUAUGAUGGGAAGCUGGCUGAUGUGUGGUCAUGUGGAGUGACUCUUUAUGUCAUGCUGGUUGGAGCAUAUCCCUUUGAGGAUCAUGAUGACCCUCGGAAUUUUAGGAAAACUAUUCAGCGUAUAAUGGCUGUUCAAUACAAAAUCCCUGAUUAUGUUCACAUAUCUCAAGAUUGCAGACACCUCCUUUCUCGUAUAUUUGUAGCAAAUCCGUUAAGGAGAAUCUCUCUUAAGGAAAUCAAGAACCACCCAUGGUUUUUAAAGAAUCUUCCAAGGGAGCUAACUGAAUCAGCUCAGGCUGUCUAUUACCAGCGAGGAGGCAACCUGAGCUUUUCUGUUCAAAGCGUGGAAGAGAUAAUGAAGAUUGUGGGAGAGGCAAGAGAACCGCCUCCAGUAUCUAGGCCUGUCAAAGGUUUUGGGUGGGAAGGUGAAGAAGAAGAUGAAGAAGAUGUGGAAGAAGAGGUUGAGGAAGAGGAGGACGAAGAAGAUGAGUAUGACAAGAGGGUGAAAGAGGUUCAUGCAAGUGGAGAAUUUCAAAUCAGUUAAGCAGUGUUAUUGUUGUGUAUUUGCUAAAGCUAUUGUUUAUUAUUAUGCUAGAACUCACCUAUUUAUGUGUACUAUAAUUUAUUAGAACUCCUAUAAACCAGUGAACUUAUGGCACUGUUCAUGUAAUGUAAUACCUGUAUCACCAUGGAAGCCGUGUAUGAGAACAGUAUUAGCUGUCUGAUAAUAUUGUUAAAUUACUCA